AUGACACACUCCGCCCAUGUCAUGUCGAGCGAAGACCAAAACCUCCUCCACCAGCUGCCGUCUGAUUCCGAGCCCAAGGCGAGCCCACGGCCGUCUCCGUCUCCAUCUCCCUCCGCAUCUCCAUCUCCAUCCCCGUUUCCAUUUCCACCUGCAUUCCCACCUGCAUCACCAUCACCGUCGUCUUCCUCACGCACCGCUUCCGCCUCGCCCGCCCUGCCUGGCUCUCGGCCUGGGGCCCAAAUCAAGCGCCAGUCUUCCUUUGCACAACCUCGCCUUGACGGCGCCCCACGCACGCCGAAUCGAGUGCGCUUCGAGGAGCCGAGGCGGUCCAUGAAUGGAACAGGCGGAACAGACCGCGGCGAAGAAGGCUGGCUAGAGCUGGACGGCGAGGAUGAUGACGACUAUAUGCAUGCAUACGAUGGCCGGGAGAGGGUUCAGCGACUGCCUCUGCUUACGGGCAUCCAAGCGCCCACAGUCACGGUAGCAGAGCAGGCUUUCAACCCCGAGGACCACUUAGAGAGCGCGCGCCCUCGAAGUGGCAUGCGCAGCGCCUUCAUGAACAUGGCCAACAGCAUCAUAGGCGCCGGUAUCAUUGGCCAACCCUACGCCCUCCGUAACGCUGGCUUGGUCGCAGGCACUCUUCUCCUCAUCGUACUGACCGUCAUUGUCGACUGGACUAUCCGCCUCAUCGUCAUCAACUCUAAGCUUAGCGGCACCGAUUCCUUCCAGGCGACAGUCCAACACUGCUUUGGCAGGUCGGGACUGGUCGCUAUAUCGUUAGCACAAUGGUUGUUUGCCUUCGGUGGCAUGGUGGCCUUCUGCGUCAUUGUUGGCGACACUAUACCCAAAGUCAUGGAUCAUCUGUUUCCCUCGUUGACCGACAUGCCUUUUCUGUGGCUCCUCUCCAAUCGACGUGCUGUCAUGCUCCUUCUGAUUAUGGGCAUCUCAUUUCCACUAUCACUAUACCAUCUUAGUGCUAACCCACACCAGCUUGCCAAAGCCAGUGCCCUAGCUCUUGUUAGCAUGAUCAUAAUCAUACUGACUGUCGUCACACAGUCGUUCCGCGUACCGCCUGAAUUGAAAGGCCCAUUACGCGGUUCCCUUGUCAUUCAUUCAGGCAUUUUCGAGGCCAUAGGCGUCAUAGCCUUUGCAUUCGUCUGCCACCACAACAGUCUCCUCAUUUACGGAUCUCUCCGCAAGCCGACCAUCGAUCGUUUUGCGCGUGUCACACAUUACAGCACCAGUAUCUCUCUUGUUGCUUGUCUCGUCAUGGCACUGUCAGGAUACUUGACGUUCGGUGACAAGACCAUGGGCAACGUUCUAAGCAACUUUCCCAAUGACAACAUCAUGGUCAACAUUGCUCGUCUUUUUUUCGGCCUUAACAUGCUCACAACCCUACCCCUUGAGGCCUUUGUCUGCAGAGAGGUUAUGAACAAUUACUGGUUUCCCGACGAGCCCUUUCAUCCUAACCGACAUCUCAUCUUCACCUCGGCACUUGUCAUUUCAGCUCUUACCCUCUCACUUCUUACCUGUGACCUGGGCAUUGUGUUUGAAUUAUUUGGCGCAACUUCGGCUUGCGCACUAGCCUUCAUCCUUCCGCCGCUUUGUUAUAUCAAGUUGGCGAAGAAGAGCUUGCAAACAUACGCAGCUAUAGCUGUGGUCGCAUUCGGGUGCACCGUUAUGCUCAUUUCCAUUAUUAAAACAACCUCGAAGCUGACCUUGGGUACCGACGAACCAGUGCAGUGUAGAUAA